AAUUCAGGAUAUGAAUUGCAUGACGGGAGUUGUCAAAUUUACAGACAGGUGUACCUUAGUUCCUGAAUUGACACUUUCGGUCAGUAUGAAGAAUCAGUGAAACUUGAACCUCACAUUCAGUAGAGAAUGUCGGGGGUAUAUCCAAUGGUGUCAUCAUCGCCUCCCCCAUUUGAUGAGGAGGAGGGUGAUGAUUGGGAUGAAGACUUUGGAAACUUCAUGGGAGCUGGUCAUGAUGUAUCAGAGAACAGUGUGUCGCAGGACUGGGCAGCUUUUUCUGAUUCUGGCUCAAAUAACACUCCCACAAAAAAUGCAACAUCAACACAGGAAAAUUCUAACAUUACCGAGGAAAAGAUUUCUACAAAGUCAAUGGAACUCGAACUUGAUGCAGAUGGUAGUAGUUUGAUAACAAGUAGUGAUUCUGGAUUAGAUUUGAACAGUAGUCAUUGUAUAGAAAGUGUGUUGCAAAAGGGAUUAGGCACAGUUCCACAUGUUGACUCUGGACUUUUUAGCUCAGAGGUUUCACCCAGUGAUCCUCUUAAAAAUUGUGAUAAGGGUAAUGGUGCAGGAAAAACCCUUCAUGAACCCAUCGAUCCUUCUAGUCCAUCUGAAGUUCUAAAUGAAGAUUCUAAUGGGGAUUUUAGAAACUUUGAAACCAGCCCUGAAUCUUUACUUGAAGAUCAUAGUGACAUCCAUACUUCUGGUUCAUCAGAAACGGAUAAGUUUGAUUCCAAUCAAACAGUGAACUCUGAGAUUGAAAUCCCAGUGCAAGACUCUGUGAGUGAUAAAAGUAUAGCUGGUAUUCAUGAAGACUCUACUUCUACAUAUGAUCCCCAAACUGGUAAAGGCAAUGAAAAAGGAAAUACAAAUACCAUUUCUGAAGGGGAGGGCAGUAGGAAUUUAAAUGAAAAUAUAAAUUCAUCUACAUCUGAUGUGUUAGAUAUUAGAGAUAAGGAAAAUGAGAAAUCCAUAUCAGUUCAAAGUAAAAACAUUGAGGUAGAGAUGAGUGAAACAGAUGAGAACCCUUCAUCUUUAUCUGAUUCAUAUUUUGAGGAGAAAACCCAGACUCAGGACCUUUAUCAGGAAAGUGAAAGUAUAAAAGAUAUCUCUGAAAUAAAAAAUGGGGCCAUUAAAAACACAAGUUCAAAUGGGGAUGACAAAUAUUGUGAGAAUGAAGAAGAGCAAGAUGAUGUCUUAACUACAACAGAAGUUCAUUCAAAGGAUGUAUCAUUAUCAGUUGAAAAAGAUCAAAAUCUUGCUCAUACAAAAGGAGAUGUAAUUGAUGCAUGCAGGGAGAAAGAGGAGACAUCUGACAGCAGUGUUACCAGUGUUCCAAACAAUGCUGUAGAGGAUGAUGAAUUUGAUGACUUUGCAGAUUUUGACUCUGCUCCAUUUAGAGAUGAAGUGCAGGCUAAUGAAGAAAAUAACAAAACCGAGGCUCAGGAAAAUAAUAAGAGUGAUGUAAUUAAACCUGAUAAUGAUGAUCGUUUUGAUGACUUUGCUGAUUUUAACUCUUCUCCAUCCAAUGAGGAUACAGAGGUUUACAGUGAAAAUAAAUUAGAUGAUCAGGAGAAGUCCUCUCCCAUGACAGAGGACACUAAAACUAGUAGUGAAUGUACAGUGCUAAAACAAGAUGAUGAUGAUGACGAUGAAGAUGAUGAUAAAUUUGAUGACUUUGCAGAUUUCAACUCUUCCCCUUCUAAUAAUGCAGAAGAAAUCAGUGAGAAUAAUGAACCAGAUGAAAAAAAUCCUGAUCUAAAGUUUGCAGACCCAACAGAGGACAAUAUCAUCAAAAGUGAGAGUACUGUGAUAAAACAUGAUGAUGAUGAUGAUGAUUUUGAUGACUUUGCUGAUUUUGACUCUGCAGCUCAAAGAGAUGCUGAUAGGAGUAAAUCCGAUGGUCAGUUUGCAGCCUUUUCAGGGGAGGCAACUGGGGAAGACAGUGGUAAUUGGGCUUCAUUUCAGGAAACCACUGAGAACACAGUAGCUAAAGAUGUUACUGAAAAUCCAAAGGAUGAAUGGAGCAACCAGGGCAGUGGUCAGUGGAAAGACGGGGAGGAGGAUGAGUGGCAGGAGGGGGGUGGGGACGAUUUCGGGGACUUUGGAGAUUUUGAUGAACCUGAGCCACCUCAACCUAGACAAAGUGAAAAGGUGGAUGAGCUGUCUGACAGAACUGUGACAAGUUGUUUCCUUGAGGAUGUUGGAGAUGUCCCUUCUGUGGAGUCAGUAGCUGUAUUGGAAGAUUAUGUUCAGAAUAAAGAAUCAACAACACAGGGCAAGCCACCUAAAGUUUGGAACUCCUUAACAAAACAAAUGGCGGAGUCACCACUCAAGUGGUCCCAGUCUCGGAGCAGCAAACAGCUUUUAUCUAGCCUUCACAUUGACACCCGCAACAUUCUAAUAGGCCACAAGAAACCCUCUGUUCCAAUCUAUGCAUCAAACCUUACCCUCCUGGAGCCUACUAAGGGACCAGCUAAAUCGACCAACCCAGAACCCACUCUAGUCAACACCAGCAAGGAGGAACCACAGAAACAGGACAUCCCUCCUGUUCAGUUUGACUGGUCCUCCAGUGGUUUAACCAACCCUCUCCAAGGAAAUAACAGUAAAUCCCUAGAUCUGGAUUUUCUGGUUGUCCAGGAGACGGAAUCUGGAGGCAGAUCUGGAGUAUUUGAUUCGGAGUUAAUGCAUGGACAAAAACCAAACCUCCAGCCGUUGGAGAACAUCCUAGCCAGUAUGAAGGUUAGCACAGUGAAGAAGAGCAGACACACAGACAAACUGGGCACCGAGGCGGCCAGGAUCAUCAAGUCACUGCCUGACCUGUCCUUCAUGCAGGCCAAGGUGUUGAUGUUCCCAAUCCGCCACCAGGCGGAGUAAAGAUCAUUCCCUCUGCAUUUUAUUGGUCACUUUUAACAAGGGAGAUAAACUGGCAGUUGUUUAACAGAAGAGUUACAGCAUAAACCGAUGUCUGAUGAAUUCCUACCGACCGUUUUAUGUAUUCAUAAAUAAGUGAUGGAUUCAAAUUGUGCAUUGUUUUAAUUGAAAGUGGUCCACACACCCCUCCUCCUACCCUCAAUCUUGCAUUUCAGUUUGAUAUUUACAUAUAAUUAAAAUAUCACUCAUUUUGA